AGUUGUCUAAAAAUAGAGUACUUUUCGUUCUCGAUCUUGUCACAUGACUAGUACGGUAUUCUGUACUAGUGAUGUGGGUUCGAUUUUCUGAAGUCAAGUACGUAAAAGUUUAGAAUCCCUAGGCUUCUGUAGAAUAGCUAUUAAGUUAUGCUUGUGAAGGAAAAAACUGCUCAUGAUGCAAAGAAGGAUAGUAAAGGAAAUUGAAAUUGUUUCUAUUUUUCACAGCCAUAUUACCCAUAGUAACAGCAUUCAUAUAGUGACUCUCUUGAAGCGUCUCUGAAAAUUUUAAUUGCACUUGUAGCAUGUUAUAAAAUUAUGAUUGUUAUCUGGGAAGAGAUUUUUUCUGUAAACCAGUUUAUGGUUUUUAACGUAAAGAAUGUAAGCUUGUACGGCACAGCCAACCUAAGAAGGUGUGCUAGCAAAACGCUAUGUUGAAUAGAGACAACUUACGGAACUACAGCGAAACCGGAGUUGCACAAUAUUGUAGUUGUGGGAUAACGAAAGCCGGAGAAAAAAAAAGUUGUGUUUGUACGGUACUGCACCCGUGGUCAUGAUCGUACUGGUAAUCAAAUUGCCCCCAUUUGUGUUUUCGGGUCAAAUUUGCCCAAGUCUGACAAUUGGCACGGUUGGUGAUAAAGGCGAUUUUCAUUACAUUGAUUUUGCUAUAAAAAUGUCAUAUAUAAUACAAUUCAAGAGAGCUGCUCUUGAAGUAAAGAAGGAUAAUUAACAGAAAAUUCAAAUUAUUUUUUUUUCUUCAAAAGCUAGUUACGCAACGAAAUUUUAUUCACAAUCAAGAAGCCUUGUAAGGUUCGAAAGAUAAACCUGAGAGAUGACAAUAAUGUAUCUUCUCUCUCACCACCUAUAUUAACCAUUCGGUCUUAUGACCUUCGGUUUAAUGACAUUAGGUCUAUUGUCCAUUCGACCUAUAGUACUCUCAGCCAAAUAAACUCUUUGUCAUGAUAUCGUGAUAAAAAUCACGAAAGUACAAACAGAUUUUUCCAUUCAGUAAAAUAAUUGCCUCAAACUACAUCCUUCUGCAUUUUCGCCGCUACUCGUAUUGGGAAAUAUCUCACGCAAACGUGCAAAACCCUAACCCAACAGAGAAUCGCGAGAGAUGUGACUAGCAAUGAAUUGUUCGUGCUCACUCUCUCUCUACCGCCUCUGCCAAAAUCACAAUUCAUCGUACCGCGCGCGUCACCUCUCUCGGUUGUGAUGUCGCGUGAAAAGUCGCUUUUCCACCCCGCGCUACUCAUAACCCCGCCUCCCCCUGAUCGCUGGCUGCUCAACCCACGUUAGUUCGAAACUUUUCAUCAUUGGUAUUUUUAGCCGCCGACCGACCGACCAACCGAUUGAAGAAGCAGCAGAAACCGCGCAGAGAUUUCCGACCGACUCUCCUCGAUCAUCGUGUGUUCGGCCACUCGGGUCGGUGGGCAUGUAGAAGCUGGGUGUCGACGACGACGACGGCGCCGCGCAACAGAAUGCAAAACAACUCGCGAUUGCGUUAACAUCAGCAGUAGUUAGUGUGAAUUUGGUUCGUUCCAAGGGUUCGACACACAAAAAGUGUACUCCGAGAGGCUUUCGAUAACCAAAAAAAAAACACCCGAUAAAAUGCCGCUGUGAACAAACGCUAUCGGAACGACGUCCUUCUCGGGGUCGAUCGUUGUGAGUGAGUGAGUGAGUGUUUUUUUUUUAAUCCGUCAGUUCCUACAGUCUGCCAAGUGAAAGAGAAAGGUAGAUAUUUGAGAAGAAGAAAAAACUUUUCGUUUCCGCACUCGCGUCGCCAGUUCCCCGCGAGAUUCGCGGUCAAGAACAGUGUUUUUUUUUCGCCCGCUGAUCCGUUUCGGUCAAAUUGUGAAUUUCCUCCCAGAAGUGUUACAGUGUUUAUAAUUAUUAUUUUCUCGGGAAAAAAAACCGAUAAAGUUCGGAUAUGUCCACGUCGACGACGGCGACGGCGACAGUGAAGAUCCCGCCUGCGAAAGUAGUAAAUUAUUGUACCGAAAGUUCGGCCAGAAAUGUAAUUCUCUGUUGUCAUCAACCACAGCAUCAGAAUGGAUCGUCAGCAGCGCCAACGGCAGGCAGCGGCGGGGGGACCGCUAAAAAGUCGGUCAAGGUCGUUCAAAAAUCAUCAGCUGCAUCAGCAGCGGCAACCUCGAACGGUACUACCGCUCCUAUCUGUAAGCAAGCCUCCCCGCUCACCGGCGGCGGCGACGACAGUAAUAAUGAUAACAGUGCGAGUGCGACUUCGAUGAACAGUGAAAGUUAUUACGGUUCAAGUUCAACGGGGCCCAUUAUGGCAUCCUACCAACAACAGCUCCCGCAUCAGCAACAGCAAAUUAUUGGUGAAAGUGAGUACCCAUCGCAGGCAUAUCAACAGUCGAUGCACGGCGGUCCCCCGGUACCGCCGAUAAGAAACUACGAAAAUGUUAUGAUCGCAGCGAACCCCGCCGAUGAGGGACUGAUGUAUACGGCGGGUCUGCUUGCAGGAAGUCACGCUAAUUACAAUGGCACCUAUUACAACGGUGAGUUAAUGGACUUAAGUGCGUCGCAGUUGCAUCAGUCGCCGAUGGGUCCUGUUGUGCCUCAGCAAUAUCAUCAUCAACCGCAGCAGCAGCAGCAGCAAUCACCCCAGCAGCAUAAUGAUAUGUACAAUGCCGAUAUUGAUUUUAUGAACAAUUACUUGAAAAGUCUGCCUGAUUAUGCGGCAGAUUGUAGGAGUUCUUCGGCAGUCGCAGUGGCUCCAAGCGCAGGUCUUAAGAGUGAAAACUAUCGGCAUCAUUACGUCAAUGAUCCCUACUUUCAAUAUUACGACAGUGCAACGGCGAUGCAAGGUUACUACCCGAUCGCCAAGUCCAGUUCGUACCACGCAUACGGUUCGAUCCCGGUAACGUCCAGCAACUCCGGGAAACACCACUCGACAGGAGCAGGUCAUCCCACGUACUAUCAUCAACAGCCCCGGCAAUCGGCAGCCCAUCACUACCAGUCCCAGCCGUUUCUUCAACAUUCACAUCAUCAUCAUCAUCAAUUACCACCGCACCAUCACCACCCUCAUCCCCAUCACCAGUACCAUCAUCAGUCUCAUUACCAGCAGCCACCGCCGCAACAUCAACAAGCGGACAAAAUGCCCCGAAGUACCUCCCAUUCUAUGCUACCACGUGCCUCGGCUGACAGCAGAUAUUCAAACAGCAUGUCGAAUGUAAACAGCAACAACAACGCGGCCCCCAAGAAAAAUCGGACCACGCUUAAUGAUGGUAGUAACAACGGUGGUGGUGGCAUAGGUGGAGCGCCCAAACAAUCUAGCAUGAGCAAGUUCUGGCAGGAUACAACCUCCAACAAACCCUCGAGCAGUCCCAAGUUCGGCUGGAACUACGAUCGGAUAAUGGCCAAAUCGAAAAAAGACGUCCAGAACAGCAUCAACGAGUACAAGAAAAAUGUAACCAGCCUGCACAAUCUGUACAGCGUGGUGGACGGUGGCGGAGGAUCCUUCAUCCCGGAAGCAAACAAUCACUUCAAACUACGCAAAAACUAUUCCUACUCCCACCUAGACAAGCACAUCCGCGAUCAUCUCACAGAGGAAGAGUUCCAGCAGCUGGUCAGCGAGAGCGAAUCCAAACCGAACUUCUACAGCAAUCACUCGUGUAACUUCGCAAACCCACUUUGCAAAAGCUAUUCCAGCGGUGCUAUGAGUUUCGGACAGCAGCCGCUGCCACCGGCUCGUCCACUUCCACCACCGGCGGUUCCCAGCCAGAAGACCACGACCAGCCUUACAAAAAGUUCCUCCAAUGUUUCCAUUCUGCGGAAACCUUCCAUCACCCUCCCGGACGUGGCGGCCUUCAUCCCGUCCCUCAAUCUCGCCAAAAGUUCCUCUUCGUCCUGCAUCUACACGAAAGCCCUGAACCAACCGAACAGCAAAAAAUACAAUCUAUUCACCCCCUAUAAAAGUAUAGUCCCGGAACCGGUGACGGCCCCGAGCGACAUCAGCGCAGCCAACAAAAUGAUCUCGAAAAAUAACGCCCUCAUCAAGAAAAGUGCCUCUUUUAAUCCGUUCGGAAGUGCUCCAACAGGUGGCGGCGUCGGCGUAGUUCGCAAGGGAACUGGCGAAAGCUUCUUCAUCAAACAGCACAUCCCCCCGGCCAGCAAAGUGAUCGUCGAUUAUCCGCCCUUUACGAAAAUCUUCUCCAUCCAGAUCCCCAUCAACGGUCAUCUACCGCCGGCAUUCCCCAGCGGCGGCGGUGGUGGUGUCCUACCGCGUGAUCAACGCACCAGCCAGGACUGCAUCAUCAAUAUCGAAGAAGACAACAUCGAACAGAGCAUUGCCGAUAUCUACAAUGUAGGCUGUAGUUUCGAGGCGGCUCCUCCCGUAGGAGGAGUGUUCAAAAGUUACUCGCAUUCACGACUGAAUCCGGAUGCGAAGAACUUCACACCGAAUCGGGCGCUUUGUGAACAAUCGGCCGUGUCCAUCGGUCAACCCGCGGCGGUCAUUUCCUCCUCCGUCUUCAGUUCCGGCAGCAACGAAGUUACGCCCACGUACGUGUCGGUGAAAGGAAUCACCCUUUCGCAGUCGGCCACACAAAUCGCCUCCUAUGGAGACGAUCCGGAGGAUGAGGAUACCAUCGUUCCUACCGGGUCCGACAUCGAUGAUGAUGACGAUGAGGACGACGACGAGGAUGAGGAUGAUGACGACGAUGAGGAUGAAUUCGAUCUGAACUACCUGAACGAUGAAGAUUGCAUCGGUGUUGAGAAUCUUCCGGACGACGAGGUGGACGAGGGCAUCUUUGACACCGAUGUCAAUCAAUACUUUAUGCCAUCAAGUUCCAAGUCGCUGACAGGUGGAGGCGGCGGUACCGCUGUCCGUCACACAAACACCCCCAAACAACAGCAAAAGUCGGAGAUUCCUCGGAUAUUCACAACCAACGCGGACAUCUUUUUAGAAACGGAUGAUAUCCCAUGCGCCGGGACUGACAUGCUGGUAUCGGAUUCCACCGAUUCCUGCUCGCCGACGGAUGUGACCAGUACCACUAUUACAACUACGACCACGACGGCCACGGAGAUUUCAGCCGAUGAGAUGGAGAAACAACCAUCCGUGAGAAAUGAUGCUGAUGGGCAUUUGAUUUACCACACUGGCGACAUUCUUCAUAACAGAUACAAAAUCCUGGCCAUCCUAGGCGAAGGCACGUUCGGUCGGGUGGUGAAAGUCAAGGAUAUGGAGAUGGACCACACGAUGGCGCUGAAGGUGAUCAAGAACGUCGAAAAGUACCGGGAGGCAGCUAAGCUGGAGAUUAAUGCACUGGAAAAGAUCGCCGAGCGAGAUCCAACCUUUCAGCAUUUAUGUGUUAAAAUGUUGGAUUGGUUCGAUUAUCACGGGCACAUGUGCAUCGCGUUCGAAAUGCUGGGACUCAGUGUUUUCGAUUUCUUAAGGGAAAACAACUAUGAACCGUACCCGAUGGAACACGUGAGGCACAUGUCCUACCAGCUGUGUUACGCGGUCAAAUUUCUGCACGAACAUAAGCUCACCCACACCGAUCUGAAACCGGAGAAUAUCCUAUUCGUAGACUCGGAAUACACCUCGACGUUCAAUGCCAGAAAGAACCGCGACGUUCGCCGUGUCAAGUGCACCGACAUUCGGCUGAUCGACUUCGGCAGCGCUACGUUCGACCACGAACAUCACAGUACGAUCGUGUCCACCCGUCACUACCGGGCGCCGGAAGUCAUCCUGGAGCUGGGCUGGUCGCAACCGUGCGACGUCUGGUCGAUAGGCUGCAUCAUGUUCGAACUGUACCUGGGCAUUACGCUGUUCCAAACUCAUGACAACAGAGAGCAUCUCGCUAUGAUGGAGCGUAUACUGGGUACAAUACCCUACCGGAUGGCCAGCACUGAUCAAAUUUGCAGAAAAACCCGCACCAAAUACUUCCACCACGGCAAGCUGGAUUGGGAUGAGAAAUCGUCGGCCGGGCGGUACGUACGGGAUCACUGCAAACCGCUGCACCGGUACGUGCUGGCGGAAACACCCGACCACCUGCAGCUGUUCGACAUCAUUCGGCGCAUGCUGGAGUACGAUCCGGCCAACCGAAUCACACUAGGUGAAGCCCUCCGGCAUCCGUUCUUCGCGAAGCUUCCGCUAGCGCAGCGCCUGCACGAGAAAUGCAUUCUAGAGAAACCAAAAGCCGAAUUGGCAUCAAAGAAGGCGAAUGCUAGUACCACCACAGCAAACAAGAAAAAACUUCCCGGCAAAUUGCCACGCUCCUCAUCGCUAGCAAUCAACUUUCCUGCGAUGUUGAUACGCUGAUCACAACACUCCCCCGCUUAUACACAAACACACACUCGCUCGCUCGCACAACUACAACUGAACCAGGCUGAGCUACAUUGCAAAAACGCGCUUCUUAUCUUUUCUUUUCCCCGCUGCUGUAACAAAACAAACACCCUGUCUGUCGCUAGCACUUUUCCUCUUUUGCCCAAGUGAGUUUUCGUCGAGAUUAUAAGUGAUUUUAGUGUUAGGAAGAGGUAUUCUUUUACCGAGUUUCUGUUUUUUUUCUCGUCAUAUCAAGUUAGUAGAGCAAACACAAACCUAAAGCUGACUAAAGCUAGGAUCUGUUUACUCCGUUCUCGGUCCUUUCGCACAUGUACACAUACAACACAUCAUUCAGGGUUAAACGGCGUCAAAGUAUAUAGAGACGUAGCAACAUACCAAUAACACCUAUGAAACUAGCAACAUAAUAUGUAAGAAGCAUGUGUUGAUGUGUGCUUUGUGGAACAAGCGGAGUUGUAACAAAAAAAACAGAAUAAAUCAACUGAUGUAAUUAUUUAAUUUAGUGAUUACGGCAAACCAACACACCCACACACACAAAACAAACGAAAAUAUUAGAACUAUGAUGAUUUCUUUUUCUCCUAUUAUAUUAUUUUUAAACUCUAAACACAAUGAUCUUCUUUGCAACAUAAAUUAUAAAGAAACAAGUUAAGAAAAGGAACUCCCACACACACACACACACACCCACACUGGCGCGAACGUUCGUUGUAAGCGUACAAACAAUUUUGAUGUAAAUUAGUGGUUGCAUAGAGUCAACGUGAUAAGCGAGGAUAUAGAGAGAGUGGCGUUUCGCCACUUUGCACCUUUAGGAUCGCUGUUUGUGCGUGUGUGGGGAUUAUUUCUCGCCAGGAGACAUGAGAGAGUUGGAAAAUGUGAGUAAAUUAAAUAGAAUGCUGUACAAUUUGAAAAGUAA